AUGGCAGAGGAAAACAAAGUGAUUCUGCAUGGAUUCUGGCCUAGUCCUUUUGUCAAGAGGGUGGAACUAGCCCUUAAAAUUAAAGGUAUACCCUACGACUAUGUGGAAGAAGAUCUGCCGAACAAAAGCUCACUUCUGCUCGAAUACAAUCCAGUUUACAAGAAAGUUCCUGUCCUUGUUCAUAAUGGAAAACCCAUUGCAGAGUCGAUUGUCAUCCUCGAAUACAUUGAUGAAACCUGGAAAAAUGGUCCUUCACUUCUGCCUGAAGAUCCCUAUAAAAGAGCCGAAGUUCGCUUCUGGGCUAGCUUUCUCCAGCAGCAGUUGCUUCAGAGGGCGAUCUUAGUGGUAAAAUCCGAUGGAGAAGCACAGGAAAAAGCCAUCGAGGAACUGUUUGAGAAACUAAAGCUGUUGGAAGAGAGAAUUAUGAACAUCUUUCCAGAGGGCACUGCAUCCAUUAACCAAGAGAAUAUGGGACUUCUGGAUAUUGUACUUAUAUCCUGUUUUGGCUACUAUAAGGUUCUGGAAGAAGUCCUGGGGUUCAAGGUUAUGGACCCAGAGAAGACUCCACUGGUGUUUUCAUGGCUGACAACCCUACUUGAGAUACCUGUGGUGAAAGAGGCGAUACCCUCUCAUGAAAAGGAAGUGCUAUUUAUAAAAUAUGUCAGACAGAAUGCCCUUAACCCCACUGCCGUUUGA